UGUAGAUACCUAAAAAUAUACAAUUUAGUUAAUCAUCUUUCUAAAUCUGAUAUAUUCUGCACCCUUCUACUCUCCACCACCCGUUCUCCCAUUCUCCCAUCCUCAUAUUCGCAUUGUCAUCAUACGCCCCAAUUCUUAUCUUAGUCCCUCCUUUUUUUUUAAACUCAAAUUAAUUAUUAAAGCUUGAGGAAUUGCAUACACGAUAACUUUAACUAUUGGAGCGAAUGAGCGAAGAAGCAAGGCCUCUUCUCCUCCCCUCUUAUUUCAUCAUCGUACGUUGCGAAGUACAGUACAUCUGAUAUAAUCGCAUCAUCUCAACACCUGCAACAUCGCCAUGUUGUUGCGACUACGAGGGCCGGAUGGCAUGAUCCGGAUAAAUAUUGAGAAAACCGACACCUUCGCGGAGCUCGGCCGAUUGCUCGUGGCGCAACUGCCCCCAACCGUCGACCCGAAUAGCAUCAGCAUGUCUCCGGAUCCCCAGGCUAAGGAUUCGAAAAAAUUGGUAGACAUUAGGCAAUACAAGCUCGCGCAAAUAGGAUUAAGCCACGGGGACUUGAUAUUCAUCAACUACCAACAUCAAAACGCCGCCAACGGCCAAACAGAUGGCGCCCCCGCGUCAUCUAGCACUUUAUCUUCCACCAACAGAUUAAACGGAAAACCCAUCCUGCCUACAGAAGAUCUACCGAUCGACCCGCCGCCGCUAACGUCGCCUACCAAGAUUAUCAAAAAUCCUUGGGAAGUUGUGAAGCAGUCGCCCCUCGACGACCGGCUAGACAAGCAGGACGGAAAGAUCCCUCGAGGUCGAGAUCGGAUGUGCAAGCAUGGGCCCAAAGGCAUGUGCGACUACUGCAUGCCCCUCGACCCAUUUAACCCUCAAUACCUCGCCGAUAAGAAGAUCAAGUAUCUAUCCUUCCAUUCGUAUCUUCGAAAGAUCAACUCAGCCACAAACAAGCCUGAAUUGGGAAGUUCCUUCAUCCCGCCCCUGAAGGAGCCUUAUUUCAGAGUUAAGAGGGACUGUCCCUCAGGUCAUCCUCAAUGGCCCGAAGGCAUCUGCACCAAGUGCCAACCUAGCGCCAUUACCCUCCAGCCGCAGACCUUCCGCAUGGUUGACCAUGUCGAGUUCGCCUCCUUCGAGCUCGUCAAUUCUUUUAUCGACGCGUGGCGGAGAACUGGUGCGCAACGGAUAGGUUACCUCUACGGCCGAUAUGCCGAAUACUCGGAAGUGCCUCUCGGUAUCAAAGCGGUCGUUGAGGCUAUAUAUGAGGUACCCCAAGUAGACGAGGUUGACGGAGUAUCGUUGAAUGCUUGGGAAAACGAGAGCGCCGUAAAUGAGGUUGCGAAGCUAUGCGGUCUUGAGCAGGUUGGCGUAAUCUUUACAGACUUACUCGACGCAGGUACAGGCGACGGGAAAGUCAUAUGCAAGCGGCACGCCGACUCAUACUAUCUCAGCUCUCUAGAGGUUUGCUUUGCAGCACGUUUACAGGCUCAGCAUCCCAAGUCUACGAAAUGGAGUGAUACUGGUAGAUUUGGUUCUAACUUCGUUACAUGUAUUAUUUCAGGUGAUGAAACGGGCCAAAUCGCCAUCUCAUCGUACCAGGUCUCGAACGAUGCUGUGGAAAUGGUGCGGGCUGACCUUGUUGAGCCGUCAGCUGAUCCCAAUGUCAUGCUUGUACGAGAAGAGGAAGAUGAUGGUACGACAAGCCGGACGCGAUAUAUCCCGGAGGUUUUCUACCGAAAAAUAAACGAGUACGGCGCAAAUGUGCAAGAGAAUGCCAAGCCAUCUUUCCCCGUUGAAUAUCUCUUCGUUACACUAACGCACGGGUUUCCCGCGCAACCCAAACCCCUAUUCACUUCUUCCAGCUUUCCUAUCGAAAACCGUGAGGCCUUAGGGGAGAGCCAACAGCUCACAUCGGUUGCUAAGGCACUUCGUGCCGCCGACGAUGAGAAGGUCAGAUCUCUCUCAGACUUCCACCUCCUCCACUUCAUACACGGAAUCGGUGUACUAUCAAAGGAAGAGGAAUCACUCCUCUGCCGCGCAGCCACGACGCACGACCUCGCCGACACUUACCAACUCUUCUCCCAGCCGGGCUGGCAGACUCUGGAAACCAUUCUACAAGAGACUGGUGAGAAACUCCCCAAAAGACUUGAUAAGCGCCCUCGUCGUUCAAGUGACGAGGGGGGCCAAGCGUACGGCGGAACGUCCUCCGCCUCGUCGACGUCUUCGUCCGCCCCCAAUAACAGAACAUCCGGUGGACCGCUUGCUAAGCGCUUUGCUGCCGUUAGGCUGAACGAUCGAAACCCCGAUGUUCCCUUCUACGAUCGCCCCCAAUUCGAAGAUGUAUGAAAAUAAAAGCAAAAACAAAACAGAACAGAACACGUGUCAAAAAGAAAUAACGGAAGGUGAAAAGAUCUAGCUGGCCCGCGUGUUUCGCAAUAGGUUCGUGUUCAUUCAGAACGACAAAAAAAAGGGGGGAGGGAUGACGGGAAAGAAAAUAGGCACUGGUCUAACGAGCGGCGAGUUAGGCACAUAUCUCUCUUGUUGUCCGUCACCCAUGCUCGGAUAGGGGCAGGGGUUAGGAGAAGGUAAAAGGGGAAGCUCGGCUUUUUUUGUUUUUUGGUGUGUGUACCUAGGUAUGCACCUAGAGGGAAGUCGAACCUGGACCAGGUUUUGAGGUGGCUGUGGUAGUACUUCUCCCUAUUCGCAAUACACGUCUCUGCCGAUGAAUAGAAAGGUGAAUGAAACAAAAACGCUUUAGGAGGUACCUACGACUUUCGUGCAAAGUCAUUCUUAUCACUUAUAUAGUAUGCAUGCAUGUUGCUUUAUGUCACUUAGCUAGAUCUCAAAGAAGCUCGGAAAGCCUUGUUCCUGCACCCAAGACUACGAGACGAGGCCCUGCUAUAAUUCACAUUCUAAUAUAACAAUAUAACAACAUUCAGAUGUUCACCGUAGGUACCUAACUUAACCUGGUAUUAUUAUUCUUUUUUUUUUUUUUUUUUUUUUUUUUUUUUUUUUUUUUUUUUUUUUUUUUUUU